CAGCUGUGGUUGACUGUGAGGAACACCCUGCUGUGUCAAUGUAAGGCUGCAGGGAGCAGAACCUAACUCAAGAUAUCAUAGCGACGAAAACGAGCAGAAAAGCCAUUUAAAAAAUCUGCCUCCAGAAAGCAGGAAUCUACCCCUGGGUGCCUAGCUGAACGGUGCCUUCGUCCAGGACGCAGCCAGGAUGGCUCUCAUUGAAGGAGUGGGGGAUGAGGUGACCGUCCUGUUUGCGCUGCUGCUGGUGCUGCUGGUGCUGCUGCUGGCAUGGGUGUCCACUCACACCACCGACCGCAGCGAGCAGCUCUUGCAGUCUGCUGCCUCCCAGCGCAGGGCUGGACCCCAGAGCACGCUUGAAGAGGCAGCAGCGCCCGACACAGACCUCAACGAGACGCCACUGGCUGCUGGGGAGGAGGAGAAGAAGAGCAGUGACCAGGAGGGGGAGAGGAGCAGCCGGGAGGAGGAGAGGAGCAGCCAGGAGGAGGUCGGCUCAGGAAAUGACGGGAUACGACACAGAGAGACAGCGGCCCCUGCUGCAGCCAGCAGCCAGACCAGUGCUUCCCCCUCUGACACCCCACAGCCUCUCACUUCAAGUGCCAACAGCCAGCCUUCCGAGGCUGGCCCCACUCCUGAUAGGAACAUGGUGCUCCGGCUUAAAUUCCUAAACGACACUGAAAGAGUGGCACAAGUAAAACCGGAGGACACUAUUGGUUACGUUAAAAGGACUUAUUUCCAAGGUCAGGAGCACCAGGUGCGGUUGAUAUACCAGGGACAACUUUUACGAGAUGAUGCCCAGACGCUGUCCUCCUUGAACCUGGCAGACAACAGUGUCCUGCACUGCCACAUCUCCCAGCACGCCACAGCGCAGGCUCCAGCGGGGGUGCGUGCGGCCGACCAGGUCCACGCCGCCCUCAACGUGGGCAGCCUCAUGGUGCCCCUCUUCGUGCUCAUGCUCUCUGUGCUCUGGUACUUCCAGAUCCAGUACCACCAGUUCUUCACGGCCCCCGCCACUGCCUCGCUCGUGGGCAUCACCGUCUUCUUCAGCUUCAUGGCGUUUGGAGUCUACCGCCGAUAAAUCCGCUGCCACUCUCGCAUCCCCAACCCAGCUUCUACUGCUGCUGAUCACCUGUUUGCAUUCCAGUCUUUCGUAGGGCGGGCGGGGGUGUAGUAGAAGUGUCCUUAUUCAUAUACAGUAGAUUGCAUUCCAGAAAUAAAUUAGGAGGCACUUCACAUUUUUUUUAUAUACUUAUAUGCUCUUGAUUUAAUGAAAUCAAUCAAUUUCUUAUCUGUAACAAGCCCAUAUGAUCUUUUAUGAGCUCAGCUGUCGUGAAGUUGACGUUGAUGCGUUGUAGUGUUGGGCUCUGCCGUUUCUACGUGCUCACGAGUAGCACACAUUUCUUUUUAUUUUCUCCCCAAACGAGGAGAUGAUACCUCCUAAGAUCUACCUGGACUGGAAGCAUAACUGACAUAACAUAGGGCUUUUAAAGCAAAAGAAAAUAUAUUAAAGAAUUCUUCCUUUA